AAGUGUCUCUAAGACAAGCUCAAAGUUCAAGCACAAGAGAUUCCUGGAUACACACACAUACACACACAUACUCAUUUUUUGAAGUAAAUGAAGUCAGGUAAUCUGAUGAGUGUUUGAUUUUGAUUCCUCGCUGGUGGAUUUAGUGCACGUCGAUGGAGCUGACAGUAUUAAACACAGCAGACUUUAACAGCAGCCACUAUGGCUCCUUACGGGCCCGAAAAGCUCCCUACAGUGAAGUGAACGAGAGUGCAGUGCAGUUUGACUGGAGCUCCCGUCCUGUGGAAGACGAGGAUGAAAAUUCGAACAGAAUGCAAAAUCUCAAAGAGCUGCCGCUUCAUAUGGGACUGAAGAAAGCUAUACGGCAGGUGCAGCAGAUGCGAGUCCCCAUUGUGUCUAGUUGGGGUUCCUGGCGUUUCCGCUACUCAAAGUCCUUUCAGCGGUUUCGUGAGGACCUGGAGAAUGUCUCAUCUUUACUCGAGCUCUGGAGGAAGUCCAUGCACCAGAUUGGAGGACAUUUUGGAGGAGGAGUCCAGUCCUAUUUCAUGUUCUUGAGAUUCCUUGUUAUCCUUAACUUCCUGUCCUUCCUGUUGAUGGCCGGUUUUGUCAUCAUACCUAGCAUCGUUUUCCACUCAGUCAACUCCAGCGGUCAAAUAACGGUUCCCUCUGUCAACCUUUCAGGUAUUGACGUGUGUCUGCCUUACGAUGUUCAGCUUCAGCCUCUCACCAUUUACUACACCUACUUCCUGGAUUUGCUGUCAGGAACGGGCUUCAUGGAGUACUCGUAUCUUUUCUAUGGAUUUUAUAACAACACAGAGGUCACAAGCAACGGGUUUUCAUACAACAUUCCGCUGGCUUACCUUCUCACCGCCGCUUUCUACUUCCUAUUUUGCCUGAUAUGCAUCGUAGUUAGGAUGGGUGGAGUGGCUCGGGUUGUAAUAGCCAUGGAUGGAGGACGCUUAGGAGGGUACAGUGUGCUUGUAUUUACAGGGUGGGAUCAUGGCCUUCAGGAUCAGAGAGCUGUCAAAGUGAAACACAACAACCUGCGCUAUCGCCUACAGGUGGAUCUGGAGGAGGAGAGGAUUAAGAGGAAGGCUGAUUCUCUCACACUCUCUCAAGCGUUCUCGCUUUAUUCCCUCCGAAUUUUUCUACACCUCAUCAUUCUGGGAAUGAUAGUGGCCGCUUUCUUUGCCAUCAGUUACGCAACCCAGUACAGUCAGACUCAACAACAAGAUGGCAUAGUGGGAUUGCUGCUGCAGUAUCUGCCCUCGAUGGUUAUAACAGGCAGUAAUUUUGUCGUUCCCUUUCUUUGUGACCAGAUCGCUAAUCUGGAGAAAUAUUCACCUAGUGUCACUGUAAUCCUCGCCCUACUCCGGGCCGUGUUCCUGCGUUUAGUGAGUUUAGGUGUACUUUUGUUCACUCUGUGGGAAAAGAUCACAUGUAAGGGAAGCAUUACAGCACAAAACUGUUCACCCUGCAGCUACAACUACACACAGUAUCAGUGCUGGGAGACACGUGUCGGGCAGGAAAUGUACAAGCUGACGCUGUUUGACUUUCUUAUUACCAUUGCAGUGAUGGUACUGGUAGAGUUUCCUCGCAGGCUGGUAGUGGAUCACUGCUCAUGUAAGCUGGCUCAGUUGGUGGGUCGUCAGGAAUUUGUUGUUGCUGCAAACGUGUUAGCGCUUGUUUACGGACAGACUGUGGUGUGGUGCGGUGCUCUGUUUUGUCCCAUGCUGCCACUCAUCAACACCAUCAAGUUCAUCAUCAUAUUCUACUGCAAAAAGGUCACUCUAUUCCAGAACUGUCGCCCGGCGGUGAGGACUUUUCGCUCUACGAGCUCCAAUUUCUUUAUCUUCCUGGUUCUUCUGUUCGGUUGGAUGCUUUCCAGUGUGGUGCUCAUUUACAGUAUAGCCAGUAUUCAUCCAUCCUAUGGCUGUGGUCCUUUUCGUUUUUCCUCCUCCAUGUGGGAUGUCAUUCCUUCUUCCUUACAUUUGCUAUCCAACACCACACAGCAGUUUUUGCUGUAUAUCGGCUCACAGGCUUUCUCCAUACCGCUCUUCAUCUUAUCAUGUAUUGUGAUGUGUUACAUUGCUGCACUAGCUUCGGUUUAUGGAAAAACUAUUAAUCUUCUGAAGAAACAACACAAACUGGAAGGACGAGAUAAACAGUUCCUGGUUAAACAGAUCAAGGAGCUGAAUGCAAAUGCUCAUAGAGAUGAACAACAACCACAAGUAAGAACAAGAGGUGACAGAGGUGCACAUGGUACUGUGCCAAGAUGGGAAGAAAACUACAAUCCUGCAUUCGAGCCAGAUGAAGAACCAGCGAUGAGGACUAGAGACUUUAGGAAUAGUGGCUUUUAUGACAGAGCCACUUGACGUACAUAUUAUAACAUAUGCACAAGACAUGGAGUCAUAAAAGACAUUGUUAUAGCUUCCGCUUAAACUUUUUAGUGACAAAAUACACACGAAUGUUUACUUUGCUUUAUGACUGAAAGCCAAAAUCUAUGAAUAAUGUUUUGUAUGUGAAGUAGGAUAUGCUACAAAUAGAAAUACAGGGCUCUCAAAUGUCACGCAUUGAGUGUGACAGUCCCUCAUGUCGGUCUUUUGUCACGCUCUCCCGCCACACAUUGUAUUUGUCACACAGUAAAACUGACUAUUUAUCAAAUAUUUAAUAUGCCGCAGCGCCCAAAACGUAUCUGUCCGCACCGCUGUCUCUAUGGAAUCGGGCAGGAAC